AACAAACGACCUCAUCUCACUUCACAACUACAUUAAAAAAAUACCACAUCGCCUCAAAUUUAUUGAUUUUGUCCAUCCAUUGGAACGAUAAUCGCACAGGCGAAAUCUCAAAAGUAUAAAGAUAUCAUCAAUCGACAGGAUCCGCGGCUCUACAUCGGGCACGACGAAUCUGUAAUAUGGGGAAAGAAACGCCACAGCCCUACAAGGCUGAUGCCCAUAGAGAUCUAUUAGAAGCUAGCAAUGCUGCUUCUUCUUCCGCAAGUUUCCUCAAUGAUAUUGAUCAAGAAUACCCCGAAGAGGAUCUUCCAACGUACGAAGAAACAUCUUCAUCGGCACCUCUUCUUUCGCGAACCGAUGGCCCAUCUGCCAGCACUUCUCACUCUACCUCCGGUGUAGGCUGGUAUAUACCUCCUCCCGAUCUUCCUUUCUCUUCGCACGACUACAGUUCAUCCGAUUUCUGGACAAGAUUCCCAAAUUAUUCUACAGAUCCCGAUGCUCUUCGUCAAAUGAUCCUCGAACAAGCUCAAUAUGCUCCGACCUAUUAUGUGGAAGUAUCGGGGACUCACAGAGAAACCGAACGUCGGCACAAGAAAAACUCAACGGAAACUAUUACGGAUUUCCACAUACGUCUGAAUUUGACACAUCUGCUCACGACCGGAUUAAGAACUGGGGGAAGACUAGAGAUAUUGCCAGAUAACCAGAAAGGAUAUCGUGGAGGAAUAAUAAAGUCUCUCGAGCCCACUCUCUCAAACUCUGAUAUUGAGUCCGGUUCAACAGGGGAUGAAUUACAAGCCUGGUGUGAGAAAUUUGUGUCCGAUCCAUCUAGCAUGAAAUGCUUCAUAUUCGAACGCAAAAUCAUAAAUCACGAUAAAAGUCAUCUGGAGUAUCUCUUGCGACGUAUUGUUACAUCCACAAAUUACCGUGGUCAAAUUCACGUCAAUUUCCCAACAUCGCACAAACGAGUAAUUGUUUAUUCGCCACAUGUGAUCAACGAAUGGCGAAUGACUACCUGGAUUCGUUGGUUCUUUUAUCUCACAUUCCUUUGGGUAGUCUCCUGGCCAAUUCUCUUCUUGGUCACUCGUCGCUACGAGGUUGUGAGAUGUAUAUAUCAAUAUGCAGACAGACGUGCGGGAGCCGGUGCUUCCCCUCGAAAACCAACGGUGCAAAGCGAGGAUGAUUUUGUCAAUCAUUGGGAAUCUGCUUUGAGAUCUGCAAUUAUAGGACGAAUGAUCCGAACAGAUUCUUGUCUGGAUGAGGAUUAUAGGGUACAGAUAUUGCAAGCGGAAGUUGCUAGAGGUCAAGCGGCUGCACGUGCUCUAAACGGCACGGGUAAUGGUUUGGCGGAUGGCGCGAUUGGAGUUAUCGCAGCAGCGACGAGCUUCGUAGGCGAAUAUAAUGAUGCGAGAGGUUGGGGCUACGAUUCUUAAAUAUCAUUUUCAUAUAGAUGCCGCAGGUAAUACGAGUCAGCAUGGAGUUUGGAUUAGUUUAUAUGUUUAGAAUAACGAGUCAGUAUACCAAUUUAGCAAGUGAGCGGUUAUUUGGUCAGAAUUAUUACACCCAUCUGGACGCAGGCUUUCGUCCCGCUUAACUACCACGAGUAAUGAAAAUAUCAAUUAGAAUCCUCAACUCGAUAAAAAGUUUAUCGUUUGAGAGAUUGUAUACUGCGCUGAUUAUAUUCAUACAUAUACCCAGGAUUUGAUAUCAAACACUCGAAAACUUCGCUGCGAAGACCAAUUUAUAUUAAAGAUACCUAGUAUCUCCUUCGUUUGUCUCAUUAACCCAUCCAUCAUCUUUCCCCGAGGAUUAAUUCCCACAAAGUGUCAUAAUUCACUUCCAAGGUUCGCAUUUGCUUUUUUUUUGCGAUUCGCCUCUUACUGUAAAGGGAAUAUGUAGAUUUAAAAGAUUCAGAUUGCUUGGGUUUUGUGAUUUAAGAUUUGUGAGGUGUGAUGAGUGACGAGUGCUGAGUGCUGAUUUUCUUUCUUGUGAGUUGGUAGUGGGGUUUGAGGGGAGACGGGGCUUGUGGGGUUGCGGAUGGAGAUGGAGAUGGAGAUAGAAUGGUUCGG